UUACCAAGAACGACAUGUCCCAAUCAGGUUAGAAAAUGAUAACAUUAUUCAAGUCGCGUGUAAGCCAAAUUUUAAACGCAUGUGAAAAACUAAAGUGUACGCGCGAUUUCGCGUCCUACGAUCAAUAAUAAUCGACAGGACAAACAUAAAAAUCCAAAUGCCUUUGAUUUCGAGGAAUUGUCCUCAUAUCGCUAAUCGUGGUGAUCUCGCGUUUAUUGAGAUUGUUGUAUCUCAAAAGGAGAGAUUUAAAAAAUGUAGUGAAUGUGAUACGGAUGGACCCAACUUAUGGCUAUGCUUAUUUCCUGAUUGUCGUUGGGUCGGAUGUCCAGAAACGCAUUUGGAUCAUAGUACUGUACACAACCAAAAAUUUCCUAAUCAUUGUGCUCAUAUGAAUCUUUCUACAAAUCGUAUAUGGUGUUACUCCUGUAAAAAAGAAGUUAUAACCAGACAUGUACCAUCACCACCAGUUUCACCUAUUCAUGUGGAUAUAAAAGCACAAAGUAAUAAAUUUGCUGGUGAUGCACCUAUUAAUAUAGAUUGUAAAACAGACGACCUCAAUCGGCUUCUAUUGGAUAAGUUUUAUGGUGAGUUUUUAAAUAGAGUAAACUAUGAGAAAGAUGGAUUAUUUAAUGAAAAAUCAGGCGAUUCACCAGAUAGUACAGACUCUGAUGAAAGUAAAGAUUUUUCCGGAAAGCCAAGAGGUCUUGUCGGUCUUCAAAACAUUGGUAAUACAUGUUACAUGAAUGCAGCCCUUCAAGCUUUAUCAAAUGUACCUCCUUUGACUCAAUUCUUUUUGGAUUGUGGUCAUAUGGUUAGCUAUAUGUCCAAAGAUAGAAAGCCUGGUUUGAGCUUAAGCUAUUUAAACCUUAUUCGAGACAUGUGGAAUAGGAAAACAAGAGGAUAUGUUGUACCACAUGGAAUAUUAUUUGGUAUUCGAACAGUUCAUCCAAUGUUUAGAGGAUAUCAUCAACAUGAUACUCAAGAAUUUUUGAGAUGUUUUAUGGAUCAGUUACAUGAAGAAUUAAAAGAACAUAUUGAAGAUGAUCGUGAUAAUUUGUUAAGAUUAAAGGGAUUAGGAGAACCAUCUUCAGAUGAAGAUGAAACUGAAAUUGAUGGAAAUGGUUCUAGCCAAUCAGAUGCUGAGUAUGAAACUUGUGAUUCUGGAGUAAGUGAACAAAGUUCUCUUAGUGAUGAAGGUGAACGUGGUACAAAGAGAAGAUAUUCCCGGGUAUCUCAGUCAGAAAAACUAAGAAGUAAAUUUACAAAUAGAAGUAUCAAAAAGUCAACCAUAGAUCAACCAUUUUCUCAGCCACAGAGAUCAACGCAAAAUUCACCUGUGAAAUGCAGAACUAAAAAGCAAAUGAAAACACGAAGUAUCAUCAGUGAUAUAUUCGAUGGAAAACUUCUAAGUAGCGUACAAUGUCUUACUUGUGACAGGAUUUCGACAAGAGUAGAAACUUUUCAAGACUUGUCAUUACCCAUUCCAAGUAGAGAUCAUAUCGAUAUGUUGCAUCAAGGACCGCUAACUCCACAAAAAGCAGGGCCUUGUUCAGAUGUUGUGUAUGUAACUAAUCAAUCUGGUUGGCUUUCAUGGUUCUUGCAAUGGAUGCGCUCUUGGUUUUGGGGUCCAGUUGUUAGUCUCCAUGAUUGUCUUUCUGCAUUUUUUAGUGCAGAUGAACUUAAAGGAGAUAAUAUGUACAGUUGUGAAAAGUGUAACAAACUACGUAAUGGAAUUAAAUUUUCAAAAGUUUUGGAGCUACCUGAAAUAUUAUGUGUCCAUUUAAAAAGAUUUCGUCAUGAAUUAAUGUUUAGUUCAAAAAUAGCAAAUUAUGUUUCAUUUCCAUUAGGAGGGUUAGAUAUGCGACCAUAUUUGCAUAAAGAAUGUGUAUCUAAAGUAACCAUGUAUGAUUUAAUAUCAGUUAUAUGUCAUCAUGGAACAGCUGGUGGUGGUCAUUAUACUUGUUAUGCAUUAAAUCCUAUUGUUAAUAAAUGGUUUGAAUUUGAUGAUCAGUGUGUCACAGAAGUCUCACCGGAAACUGUAAAGCAUUGUGAGGCUUAUGUGUUAUUUUAUAAAAAGUGGUCACCAGAAAUGUUGCAAUUACAUGAUAAAACUAUGGAAUUGAUGGAAAUUUCAUCUAGAGAAUUAUCUGAUUUGAACUUUUUUGUAUCUCGACAAUGGAUAAAUCGUUUCAAUACAUUUUCGGAACCAGGACCUAUAGAUAAUUCUGAUUUCCUCUGUCCACAUGGUGGUGUCAAUCCUGUUAGAGCACAAUUUGUAGAUAAACUUAGUAUGCCCAUUCCACAAGCAGUUUGGGAGUAUUUAUAUAAUACAUUUGGAGGAGGUCCAGCAUGUACACAUUUAUAUGAAUGUCCAAUUUGUGAAGAAAAGUAUGAAUCGUUGCAGAAAAGAAGACAAUAUGAAAUGGAAAUAUUUCAACAAUUAAACCAUAACACUGACAAUCCUACUGCUAUAUAUGGAUUGGCCAUGGCUUGGUUACGUCAAUGGCAAAGUUUUGUAAGGGGUAAAGAGACUCAACCACCCGGACCAAUUGAUAAUAAUUCUAUUAUAAUAAAUAAAAAUGGUCAGAAUAUCCUUAAAGUUGGUUCAGAUUAUGGACAAAUACCAGAAGAACUUUGGCAAUUUUUUUUAACUACAUAUGGUGGAGGACCAGAAUUAAUGUUACAUUCAUGUCAAAGACCUGUUUCUGCUCAGUUUAAUGUAUCAUUACAUUCCACUUCAAAUUCGAAUACAGAUCAGAAUUUUAAAUCCAGUCGUACAGAAGUUAAAUCUAAUAAACUCUAUAUAACUAGGAGUUCUGAGACAAUUUCACAACCCGAUAGCGCUAUUGAAAGUUUAACUUCUGAUAGUGAUUCACAUCAAACACAAAGGGAUGUCAGUGAGUAA